GUUCUCGGGUGGAAGUGCUCGACUGGUGAGACGCAAGCACGCAACCGCUGAGAGGCCCCGAUUCUCGUGUCGCGUCCGGCGUCUCCGUGGCUUGGCACUAUUCGUCGAGGACUUCGAGGAAAAAGUCCCAUAUCGCUGUGUGGAGAGAAAAAAAAUAUGCAGACAUUAGUGGCUCCUUAAAUCGAAGCAGACGCGCAUGGCUUCAUUGGGAGGAGAGAAACUUCGAAUCAUGUGGUGAUUUACUUGGACCAUUGUGAGAAACGCAUCGUGCUGGAUCAUGGCGAACCCAAACUCAUAUUAUCCUCGUGUCAAUUUCAAGCCAGAACCGAAUGUUUUCGAAUUCAUGCGCAAACGCUGUAUCGACUUCUGGAACGAAGUCGCGGUGAUCGACGCGGAAACCGGAAGAGAGUGGACGUUCGCUUCGGUGCUCUCUCGAGUUUGUCAGCUGCGUGAUUUUCUCCGGAGAAAUGGAGUUUGCACCGGUGACCGUGUCGCCGUGUACGCUUUCAACAGUUUGGAAUCCUACGCCUCAGUGUGGGCAUUGGCUUCACUCCCAGCUCAGGUUGUCCUCAUUCGACCUAUUUUCAAAUACCGAGAAGUGAGCUCCAUUCUAGAAAUAUCCAAAUGUCCCGUCGUAAUCACCGACAGAGCUCACCUGAACACGGUUUUGGGCAUUCAGAGAGCUGUCUCGUCUUUACAAACCAUUCUGCUGACAGACGACUCAGAUACUCCGAUCCCAUCCAUCGCGAAGCUAUUCAUGACCAGCCCAGAUGCCUUCUCCUACCCGGAUCCCGAGACUCACGAUCAUUCGGACGACACGGCAUUCAUGAUCCCCACGUCUGGCACUGCGGGGAACUCGAAGCUGGUCGAGCACACACACCGAAGUUUCCUCUCGAGUUUCUACGUAACGGCACCGCACGUGAGAAUGCUCCACAAUCAUGACGUAGUCCUCAUGAGUUCCAGCAUUUCUCACGUCACCGGAUUAUGGGCGCUGGGGGGAUGCAUGCACCAGGGGAUCAAAUGCGUGGUUCCUCGACUGGCCUCUCUGCCGACUUUCGAGCUCUUCAGAGAUACCUGCGAUCGCUUCAAGGUCUCAACCUUCUUGACGUUCCCAACCGUCUUCAGGAACAUUCUAUUAACAGCUACUGGGAACCCCGUCGCUUCAGUGACAAACAUCAUGUGCGGGGGGAGUAGGAGUCCACCGGGCCUUGGCGAACUCCUGCGGCGAUGGUUUCCGAAUCUCUGUCAUGUGCGUCAGCUCUUAGGGCAGACGGAAGUUAUGGUGUACGUGAGCAUCACGCCCGAGAACGAGACGGAUCUACAGACAAUCGGCCAUCCGCCUUCGAACUGUGCGAUUCGUAUCCAAAAUAUGGAUACGGGAGAGGAAAACGGUGCAGGGGAGAUCGGCGAAAUCGUCGUUCAAAGUCCCUGCUUGAUGAAAGGCUAUUUCCAGAAUCCAGACGAGACAAGAGCUGCCUUCACUGAAGACGGCUGGAUGCGAACAGGUGAUCUGGGUUAUUUAGAUCCGGAGCGGAGACGCUUCUGCUUCGUGAAUAGAAUCCAGGAAGUGAUCACAUGUAAAGACAAUCGACUCUAUCCCGGCGAGCUGGAGCGUGUUUUAGCAGAGCAUCCCGCGGUUGCCGAUGCUGCGGUGAUAGGAAUCCCCCACGCCGAUUUGGGAGAAGCCCCGGCUGCCCUCAUCGAGCUUAGACCGAGCGUUCAAGCCUCAGAAGUUCUGAGGGCAGAAUUGGGCAAUCUCAUCGAGAUUCAGUUCGCUCCCUACAAGAGACUUUCGGGCGGCGUCCAUUUCGUCGAGAGCUUACCGAGAACUGAUCUCAACAAAGUCGUUCGUCGGAAGUUGAAAGAUCUGCUGCCUAAUGGGAUAUUUUGAUUCUGGAAUCCCAAUGAAUAAAAAUUCUUGAAACAC